AUGUCCUUCAGCAGUCCUUCGACCAACUCCUGUGAUGGUGGUAGUGGAUUUGGUGGGGAAGAUAGGUUCUUCCUCCAUGGUCCUGGUUGGGGAAGAAAGAAGGGAGGGAGGGAGCUUCUGGUGGCGCAGUUCGCCGUGCGCAUCUACGCGCUCAGCACCAAGGAGCUCAAGAUGCAGCUGCUGAGCGUCAUCAGCGGCGAGACCCAGCCGUGCGACGGCGGGUACAACUACCGGCUGGUCAUCACAGUGACCGGCGGCAAGAAGACGCAGUACGACGCCUUCGUCUGGGGCAUCCUGGGGACCAUGUCGUGGAAGCUCUGGUCAUUCACGCCCCAUGUGUAA